AAUUCCAAUCCAAUAUAUAAGCUAUUGCUAAUUCUCAAUCAAUUGAAACAAAUGAUGGAAGAACAAGGUGGUCAAAGGUAUGCUAUUGUAACCGGAUCGAACCGAGGAAUUGGGUUCGAGACAGUGCGACAACUUGCUAAACAGGGCAUAACCGUCGUCUUAACAGCUAGAGAUAAUAAGAAGGGUUUAGAAGCUGUAUAUUCACUCCAUGAAAUAGGAUUUAAGAAUGUAGUGUUUCAUCAACUUGAUGUUCAAAAUCAACAAAGUAUUGAUUCCUUGGUCAAUUUCAUCAAGGAUAACUUUGGAAGGCUAGAUAUAUUGGUAAAUAAUGCUGGACAAUCUGGUGUUCAUGUUGAUGAAGAUGCUCUAAGAGCCAUGAAUAUUGAUCCUUCUUUAUGGCUUUCAGGAAAGGCAACAGACCUAGUCCAAGAUGUGAUCAAGACAACAUAUGCAUCAGCAGAACAAUGUUUGAAAACAAAUUACUACGGUUGCAAGAACCUAGCGAAAUCUCUUCUUCCCAUGUUGGAGUUAUCUACUUCAGGAGGAAGGAUAGUCAAUGUCUCAUCUCUUAGAGGCGAAUUACGUCGUGUUACGAAUGAGGAGAUCAGAAAAGAGCUUGGAGACGUUGAAAAUCUAACGGAAGAAAAAAUUGAUCGAAUAGUUGAGAAUUUUUUGGAAGAUGUGAAAGAUGGUGGACUUGAGAGGAAUGGAUGGAACAAGAUGUUGCCUGCAUAUAGUGUGUCAAAGGUUACACUUAAUGCUUAUACGAGAGUGUUAGCUAAGAAGUACCCGAGAAUGAAGAUAAAUUGUGUCCAUCCCGGUUAUGUCAACACUGAUCUCAAUUGGCGUACUGGAACAAUGACGGUUGAGGAAGGUUCACAAGGUCCGGUUAAGUUAGCACUUCUUCAAGAAGAUGGUCCAACUGGUUGCUACUUUGAUCAAACUGAAGUGGCUGAGUUUUAGUACUUGUUUUGGAAUAAUAUCAUCUUUGGGAAUUUGAACUUUACCUUAUUAAUAUGUUUUCAAUGGAACUAUUUUGGUAUGUAAUUUAUGGAACUUUAG